CCGAUCAGAAAAGGGGAGAAGAUGGCCGAGAACCUGCUGGACGGGCCGCCCAACCGGAAGAGACCCAAACUCAGCUCGCCGGGCUUCUCGGCCAGCGCAGACAGUACAGAAUUCUUCUUUGACUUGGAAAAUGACCUCCCUGAUGAACUAAUUCCCAAUGGAGAUUUGAACCUCUUGGGUGGAGGGCUAGGACAAGAUGCAGCUUCCCAGAACAAGCAGCUGUCCGAUCUCCUUCGUGGAGGAAAUCCAGGGCUGGGCGCUGGCAUGGGAAGAGGAGGUUCAGGUAGCCCUGUGCAACAAAGCAUGGGAGGCCAGGGCCAGCAAAACAGCCCAGGCCUUGGCAACUUGGGCGGUCUCAACAAGAGCCCACUUAACCAAGGACUAUCUGGCACCCCACCGUCUGGAUUAAAUAAACCAGCUACUGGCACGCCUGGUCCAUCUGCACCCUCGUCCCAGUCGCAAAAACAAGUCGGCAUGGUGGCAGGCAGCCCAGCUGCUCAACAGGCCUCUGCAGGACUCUGCAUCAACUCUAACUUCAACCAAGGGCACCAAGCACUGAUGAAUAACAAUUCUGGGCAUGCACUAAUGAGCCAAGGCCAGCCUGCACAGGGACAAGUCCUGAAUGGCUCGCUGGGACCUGGAAGCCGAGGUCGGGGUGCAGGUCUACAGUACAAUACUUCUACUUUACAGACCGCCCCAGGUAGCGUCCUUGCAGAAACAUUGACACAAGGGACGACAGCAAUGCCACAACACACAGGCAUGACCACUGCCCAGACAGGACCCAUGUCCAAGAUGGGACUUCAAAGCAACAACAGCCCUUUUGGACAAACUUUUAACCAAGGCCCAGGACAACAAAUUCGAGCCCAAGGGGUAAAUCCACAGCUUCCCACCAAGCCUGGCAUGGCCAACAGCCUUCCUCCCUUUCCCUCAGAUAUGAAAAGCUCACCUGUCCCUAAUGUGCCCAGCAUGUCUCCUUUACAGGCACAAGUUCAGCAGGUUGGCAUAGGUACAACUCCCUCCAUGGGAACUGGCCCCACUGCCGACCCAGAAAAACGCAAACUCAUCCAACAGCAGCUGGUGCUGUUGCUCCACGCACACAAGUGUCAGCGACGAGAACAGUCAAAUGGUGAAAUGCAGAAUUGUGCACUUCCUCACUGCCGUACCAUGAAAAAUGUACUUAAUCACAUGACGCACUGCCAGGCUGGGAAGGCCUGUCAAGUUGCCCAUUGCGCUUCCUCAAGACAGAUCAUUUCUCACUGGAAAAACUGCACGCGGCAUGACUGUCCUGUGUGCCUACCUUUAAAGAAUGCCAGUGACAAGAGGAACCAGCAGCCUCUCCUGGGAUCCCCUUCCAGUGGGGUGCAGAACACAAUUGGGACAGUAGGUGGCACCCAGCAAUCGGCUCCAUCGUUAAGUAGUCCCAAUCCCAUUGAUCCUAGUUCCAUGCAGAGGGCAUAUGCUGCACUGGGACUUCCUUACGGUAACCAGUCUCAGGGCCCUGGGCAGCAGCCUACACAGACCCAAGUUCAUCAGCAGAUCCGUGGCCUGGGUACAUUGGGUUCUCCAAUGAAUCACUCAGCUGGUGGAAUGGCUGCUGACCAACAGGCCAACCUGAUCAGUGAACCCGCUCUUCCCACAGCCCUGGCAAACACAAAUUCUUUACUGAGCGAUGGCACCAACCCCAGUAAUGUUGGUAACUUGGGUACCAUGCCUACUGCAGCACCACCUUCUACAACAGGAGUGAGAAAAGCCUGGCAUGAACACGUGACUCAGGAUCUUCGAAACCACCUUGUCCACAAACUUGUGCAAGCAAUCUUCCCCACACCUGACCCAGCUGCCCUGAAAGAUCGGCGCAUGGAAAACCUGGUGGCUUACGCUAGGAAGGUUGAGGGUGACAUGUAUGAGUCUGCCAACAGCAGGGAUGAGUACUACCAUUUACUGGCAGAGAAAAUCUACAAAAUCCAAAAGGAGCUGGAGGAGAAGCGAAGGUCUCGUCUACAGAAACAAGGGAUUAUGGGAAGUCAGGCCUUACAGACACCUGGAACACAGGCACCGGCUCUUCCACAGGCUGCGGCUGCUGCACUAGGCCAAGCACAGGCUGUCCGACCAGCCAAUGGCCCUCUGCCAAUGUCUUCAGUGUCUAUGAAUAGAAUGCCAAUGGCUUCAGCAGGAAUGAACCAGUUCAACAGCAUGCCCUUGGGAAAUGUACAGCUUCCUUCUGGCCCAAUGGGACCUCGUGCAGCAUCCCCACUUAACCACCCCACGCAGAUGAACAACAUGGGCUCCGUGCCAGCUAUGGCAGCGAUGUCUCCUUCCCGCAUGUCCCAGCCUCAGAGCAUGAUGGGAACACAUGCAAGUAACUUGAUGGGUCCUGCACAGACACAGAAUCAAUUCUUGCAGCAAGGGCAGUUCCCAACCAAUACUGGAGGACUAGGAGUGGCGCUUGGACAGACAGGGGCAGCGGCAGCUGUAUCACAGCAGGGACAGGCACCCACCGCAUCUUUGCCAAUCAGCAACUCCAUGAACUUGUUGGGUCCACAAACAAGUCAGCUUCCAAGGCCAGCUCUCUCCCAAUCUCCUCUUCAUCAGACACCACCUCCAGUCAAUGCUUCACCUACUGGCAUGCCCCCAGUCCAGCACCCAACGCAACAUCCAACACAACACCCAGCACCGAGUGGCAUGACUCCUCCACAGCCAGCAGCACCUGCGCAGCCUUCCACUCCGCUGCCCCCAGCUGGACAGACACCAGCGCCGACACCUGGCUCCGUCCCCAAUGCCAUGCAGGCACAGAGCACCCCAACUGUACAAGCGGCUGCUCAGUCUCAGCUCACUCCACAGCCUCCUACGCCUGUGACCAGUCAGUCUGUGCCGACACCACAACCAGCUCCGCUGCAACCACCAUCCGUGCAUGCAGCGGCCCCUGGCACUCCAUUAUCCCAGCCUGCCGCAAGUGUUGACAACCGGGUGCCCACACCUGCCUCAGUUGCCAGCACCGACAACCCGUCGGCCCCUGAUCACCCGAUGAUGGAGGUCAAGCAAGAGGUCAAGAUGGAGGAACCGGAGCCUUGCGAGCCUGUGGUAGAGCCAAAACCUGAGCCGGUUGAGGAGGAGGCGCCUCCCCCGCCAGUAAAGGAAGCCCCACCUGAGAGUACGGAGGUAAAAACAGAAGCUAUGGAAGUUGAGGAAAAGAAGCCAGAGGUUAAAACCGAGAUUAAAGAAGAGGAUGAGGCCACCAGCAACAGCACUACCCCUCCAUCCACUUCACCUUCUCAGCCACGCAAGAAGAUAUUUAAGCCAGAAGAGCUGCGUCAGGCCCUAAUGCCCACAUUAGAAGCACUAUACCGACAAGAUCCAGAGUCUCUGCCUUUUAGACAGCCUGUUGACCCACAGCUACUGGGAAUCCCUGAUUACUUUGACAUUGUGAAAAACCCCAUGGAUUUAUCAACUAUCAAGAGGAAGCUUGAUACAGGGCAGUACCAAGAGCCUUGGCAGUAUGUGGACGAUGUAUGGCUGAUGUUUAACAAUGCCUGGUUAUAUAAUCGCAAGACCUCCCGGGUUUACAAGUACUGCAGCAAGCUUGCGGAGGUGUUUGAGCAGGAGAUUGAUCCUGUCAUGCAGUCUCUUGGUUACUGCUGUGGCGGAAAGUUUGAAUUUUCACCACAGACAUUAUGCUGUUAUGGGAAGCAGCUGUGUACCAUCCCUCGUGAUGCUGCCUACUUCAGCUAUCAGAACAGGUAUCACUUCUGUGAAAAGUGUUUUACAGAGAUUCAAGGGGAUAAUGUAACAUUAGGAGAGGAUCCUUCCCAGCCUCAAACAACAAUCUCCAAAGAACAGUUUGAGAAAAAGAAAAAUGACAUGCUGGACCCUGAGCCGUUUGUGGAUUGCAAAGAAUGCGGCAGAAAGAUGCAUCAGAUCUGCGUCCUUCAUUAUGAUAUCAUAUGGCCAUCUGGAUUUGUCUGUGAUAACUGUUUAAAGAAAACUGGACGGACUCGUAAAGAAAAUAAAUUCUGUGCAAAGAGGCUUCAAACAAGUAAUCUUUCUCCAGGGCUGCAAACGACCCGACUAGGAAACCACCUUGAGGAUCGCGUGAACAAAUUCCUAAGGCGGCAGAACCACCCAGAGGCUGGAGAGGUGGCAGUCAGGGUGGUGGCCAGUUCUGAUAAGACGGUGGAGGUCAAGCCUGGGAUGAAAUCCAGGUUUGUGGACACGGGUGAGAUGCCGGAAUCCUUCCCGUACCGCACUAAGGCACUUUUUGCCUUUGAGGAGAUUGAUGGAGUGGAUGUGUGCUUCUUUGGCAUGCAUGUUCAGGAAUAUGGAUCAGAGUGUCCUCUUCCAAAUACCAGACGUGUAUACAUCUCAUAUCUGGACAGUAUUCACUUCUUCCGGCCGCGAAGCCUCCGUACCGCAGUCUACCAUGAAAUUCUCAUUGGGUACUUGGAAUAUGUGAAGAAACUUGGUUAUGUAACAGGGCACAUUUGGGCCUGCCCACCAAGUGAAGGAGAUGACUACAUCUUCCAUUGCCACCCACCUGACCAGAAGAUUCCCAAACCCAAGCGUUUACAGGAGUGGUACAAGAAGAUGCUGGACAAAGCUUUUGCAGAGCGCAUCAUACAUGACUACAAGGACAUAUUUAAACAAGCGACUGAGGACAGAGUAACUACUGCCAAGGAGCUGCCAUAUUUUGAAGGUGACUUUUGGCCUAACGUGCUGGAGGAAAGCAUCAAGGAGCUGGAACAGGAGGAAGAGGAGAGGAAAAAGGAAGAGAGCACGGCAUCUUGCGAGCCCCCCGAGGGCUGCCAAGGUGAUGCCAAGAACGCCAAAAAGAAAAACAACAAGAAGACCAACAAGAAUAAGAGCAGUAUGAGCCGGGCCAACAAGAAGAAAACUAGCCUGCCCAAUGUGUGUAAUGAUCUGAGCCAAAAACUGUAUGCCACCAUGGAAAAACAUAAAGAGGUGUUUUUUGUGAUCCAUUUCUAUGCGGGCCCAGUGAUCAACUCCCUCCCACCUAUUGUGGAUCCAGACCCAAUGUUGAGCUGUGAUUUGAUGGAUGGACGAGAUGCAUUCCUUACCCUUGCCCGGGAUAAGCACUGGGAGUUUUCCUCAUUGCGUCGCUCCAAAUGGUCCACACUCAGCAUGUUGGUGGAGCUGCACACACAAGGCCAGGACCGUUUUGUCUACACCUGCAAUGAAUGCAAGCACCAUGUGGAGACUCGCUGGCAUUGCACGGUCUGUGAGGAUUAUGAUCUGUGCGUGAACUGCUACGCCACCAAGAACCAUGAGCACAAGAUGGUGAAGUGGGGUCUUGGGCUGGACGACGAGGGCAACAGUCAAGGAGAGGCCCAGUCAAAGAGCCCUCAGGAGUCCCGCCGGCUGAGCAUCCAGCGAUGCAUCCAGUCAUUGGUACAUGCCUGCCAGUGCCGCAAUGCCAACUGCUCGCUGCCUUCAUGCCAGAAGAUGAAAAGAGUUGUGCAACAUACAAAAGGAUGCAAGCGCAAGACCAACGGAGGCUGUCCAGUUUGCAAACAGCUUAUUGCAUUAUGCUGUUACCAUGCCAAGCACUGCCAGGAGAAUAAGUGCCCAGUACCAUUCUGUCUCAACAUCAAACAGAAGUUACGGCAGCAGCAGCUUCAGCACCGGCUACAGCAGGCCCAGCUGAUGAGGCGGCGUAUGGCCACUAUGAAUACGCGUACAGUUCCACAACAGCCUCUGCCUUCCCCUACCCCAGCCACUCCUGGCACACCUACGCAGCAACCCAGCACCCCACAGACUCCGCAGCCUGCUCCACAACCUUCUCCGGGUGGCAUGGCCUCACCAGGCUUCCCCAGUGUGGCUAGGACUCAGCCUCCAAACGUGGCAUCACAGGGAAAGCCAACGAGUUCGCUUCCUGUGGCCCCUCCUCAGCCUACACAACCCCCACCGGCUGCCGUUGCAGCUGCCCGUCAGAUAGAGCUGGAGGCACAGCAACAACAACUUUAUCGGGUUAACAUUGAGGGAAUGACCAGUGUGCGUCCAGGCAUGGUGAGCCCCACAGUGGGGCCUGUAAAUCCAUUACCACAAAUGAGUAUGAAUGUGCCACGCCCAGGUCCAAUCGCUCCUCCUCCUAUCAUGCAAGGCAUGCAACCGGGACAGUGGUCCACAGCCCCAAUGCCUCAGCAGAGUUCAAUGCCACAGAAUAUCCAACGUCCAGUGCUUCAAAUGACUGCAGCCCCGCAGGCUGUGGCUGGACCUCGAUUGCAAGGAGUUCCCCAGCAGCAAGCCCGUAACAUAUCACCCAAUGCUCUCCAAGACCUCCUGCGAACCCUGAAGUCUCCUAGUUCUCCUCAACAGCAGCAACAGGUGCUUAACAUUCUGAAGUCGAACCCUCAGCUAAUGGCUGCUUUUAUAAAGCAAAGAACUGCUAAAUAUGUGGCCAACCAGCCUGGCAUGCAGCCACAGCAAGCACCCCAACAGCCUCCUCAGCAGCCUGGCAUGCAUCCGCAGCCUGGCCUGCAGAGUAUGAACCCUAUGCAGGUCGGGGUUCAAAGGCCUAAUGUUCCUCAGCAGCAGCCAGGAAUGAGCCCACAGAGCCAAGGCAUCAGCAUCAUGAAUUCAGCUCACAAUACCAGCUUAGCCCACAACCCACAAUAUCGAGAGAUGCUUCGACGGCAGAUAAUGCAGCAACAGCAGCAGCAACAACAGCAAGGCACUGCAGUCAUGGCAGGCGGAAUGCAAGCCCAUGGGCAAUUUCAGCAGCCGCCAGGGGGAUACUCACAGUCACAGGCUUUGCAGCAGCAGCGUAUGCAGCAGCACCUUCCCAUACCCAGUGCAGCAAUGGGACAAAUACAGCAGAUGGGGCAGCCAGGACUAGGCUCAGAUGGAGCACCACAGAGCAUCCAGCAGGCAUUACGACUUCAACAACAGCUCAAGCAGCAGAUGGCUUCUUCUGGGCAGCCUAACCCUAUGAGUCCUCAGCAACACCUUUUGACAGGCCAGCCGCCUUCUACGCAUCUUCCCCCAGGCCAACAAAUUGCAACCUCUCUAAGCAACCAGGUGCGAUCACCUGCCCCCGUCCAGUCACCCCGCCCUCAGUCACAACCUCCACAUUCCAGUCCUUCACCCCGAAUACAGCCUCAGCCUUCUCCUCACCAUGUCUCUCCACAGACGGGAUCGCCUCACCCAGGCUUGGCAGCUUCUAUGGGCACCUCUUUAGACCAGGGUCACCUGGGGAACCCUGAUCAGAGCGCCAUGCUUCCACAGCUCAACCCUCCCAACCGUGGCGCCCUCACGAAUGACUUAUCUCUUGUUGGAGAUACUUCAGGGGACACCUUGGAAAAAUUUGUUGAGGGAUUGUAGCAUCCACAGAACCGGCAGUGAACUGGAGAACUGCAAUGGUGGAGGGAAAGGGGUCCUCUUUAACUCCAUCUGCCCCUCCCGCCCCUUUUUGUUAUAUAUAAAUAUAUAAAUAUCUAUCCCUCCCAUUCCUUCCACCUUACCAUGGACAUUUAUUUUAAUAUUUACUUUGUUUGCGUACUCAUUGCUGGUCUGCACAUCAGGGACACAGGGCCUCAGUCUGGACUGAGACCGCCACCCAUUUGCCAGAUUCAAACCCUACACUGUCGGAGAGGAUGGCAUAGCGCUGCUGAGCAUCGCCUUCACCCUUCUCUAGCAUUGUCAGUGGCUGCUCUGACGUUCAACGCGUUUGAACACUUUUUUUGUUUUUUUUCCUUUCCAAGCUGACCAGGCGGCCAAAUUUCGACACCUCCCUCCCCUUGGGCUGUUAAAUUAUUGCUCGGCCUCACAAAACACAGCAGGCCAACCACGUUAAAGAGGAUUAACCCCCUUUCUGUGCUCACUCUGCUUCCUUCUCUGGCAGACUGGUGCAAUUUUGCGUCUGACAGGGAAGGGGUGAACUCAUCAAUACCCUAAUGUGUGUAGUUUUUUUUUUUUUUUCAUCUGCAAGGACUGUCUUACCGGGUAUUUUUUUUUAUUUUUUUUCCUCCUGCAGCUGCAGAGCCUAAAACAAAAACUAAGGGAGGGGGUUUGGGGUCCUUUUUACCACUUGUAAACUACAUCAUCCUCUUCAAUCCCAAGAAGAGGCAUUUCCAUAAGACGUUUGUAAAGACAGAUGGUUUCGGGAGGGGGGAGGAUGCUGUAUAGAAGCCGUCAUCCUCAUGGUUAUAUAUAUUUUUCUUUCUUCUUCUUUAUAUAAAAAAAAAGAAUAAAAAUCCCAGGCAGCAAGAAAGCUCUUCCACCGAAUCUUCCCACCAAGACCGAUCCCUCGUUGUACAGAAAAUUUUCACAGAAGCCAGAGGGAGAAGCCGUGCAAUUUGAAUUUUGCCAUCUUGUUGAAAUAUCCCGCCCCCCCCUCUCCCCCCCCCUUUAUUUUAUUUGUAUUUUCUAAUGGUUGGGGCCGUGAAAACUGAAACAAAGGCUCCCGCCAAACGUUGGAAAACUGCUUAUUAAAGGAAAACUACAGAAGCAACAUUUUUUUUUGGAAAUACAAGCAAUCAUGUAAAUCAUGCCGGUUGUUACCCCCACCCCCCAUAUAAAUAAGAGGCACCGAAGGGAGAGAAAACCCGAGACUGAAUCAUUGUACAGACUGGUAGAACGUCUGGGAGCUUUUCUUAACCGAUAUGAUAUUGUUAACCACUUUGCUGUCAGAGGGGGUGAGUAAUUCUCUUCCUCCCUUGACCCCCUCUGGCAGGGAAGGGGUGGGAAUACUGUCUGACAGCAGCUAUUUUCAUGCUGAGUAAAAGUGUACAUGGUAUUAAAACUUCAGUGUUCUGGGUUUUUUCAUUUUUUUUUUUCCUUCCUUUCCCGUUUUGUUUUGUUAUGGAAAAAAAAUGCUGUUUUCAACAUUGUAUGCUGGACUAUGCAUGUUUUUUUUUUAAUUGUAUAUAAAGUAUUGCUUAAAAUUGAUAUAAAUUACUGAAAUUUU